AAAAAAAAAAAAAAUGAGGCAUAAUUGCUGCCAUGUAUCGUUCGCUUCAACACUGAAGAUCCUCAAUUUUGUUCAGGCUUUCUUCGGUGUUUCCAUCAUCAUCUACUCCAUAUGGAUCCUCGAUCAAUACCACCGUCACGUUCCCGUCGACCCUCCGACCUCCAGCUCCGGUCUCGAUAUUCCUAGGGUUUCUGAGUCUCCCUUUAAGAGUCAUGCUGGCCUCAUGGCGAGCGUCGUUCUUCUAGGGUCUAGUGAUGGUGAUCAUGGGUUUAACCUCCGUUCCUUGGACCUUCCUGCUCCAUGGUUCAUCUACUCUUUUAUGGCGGUUGGUGUUUUAGUCUGCAUUGUUACCAUCAUUGGUUUCAUUGCAGCUGAAGCUAUCAAUGGAUGUUGCUUGUGUUUCUACUCUAUUCUCAAAACUCUGCUCAUUCUACUUGAAGCUGCCCUUGUUGCAUUCAUCGCUAUUGAUCGUCACUGGGAAAAGGAUCUUCCGUAUGAUCCAACUGGAGAGCUUAAUAGUCUUCGAGCUUUCAUUGAGGAAAACAUCGAUAUAUGCAAAUGGGUCGGGGUUGCUGUGGUAGUGGUCCAGCUACUGUCACUGCUACUAGCCAUGGUUCUCAGAGCUAUGGUUUCACCUAAGAGUUCCGAGCUUGACGAUGAGGAAGAUUAUGAGAACCCGAGGAGUAGAGCUAGGGACCCACUUCUUGGUUCUCAACCAAACCAAGCCUCUGCUGGACCAAGCAAGAGUGAAAACUGGAGCUCUCGAAUCAGAGAAAAGUAUGGACUGAACCAGAGUCAGGCAGUGAACCCCAAAGGCUGAUGAAGUCAAAUAAACAUGAUUCUGAAACUGCAUCAUAUGGUCCCUGUGAAGCUUAUCUACGUUUUGUUCUCUGAACAUUCUCUGAGUGUGCAUGUAAAUUUAACUCGAAACACUGUCGUAUUGUGUGUUACACCAACCGCAUAAUCAUAUCUAUCUGUGUGUUUGCCUGUAGAAUCAAUCCCCUCUAAACUAUCAUACCCGGUGGGAAGUUUUAACCAAUCUUCUGUUGUUUUAGAAUCCGUUUAUCAUAAUAAG